UCCCAAAAAAAAAAUGGAGAUAAUGUAGCCAACUUCCUAGUGAUAACAUUACAGAAUCUGAGAGUACUAGCUCCUUGAUUAAGCAGAUAGAGAGAAAUGGAGACGAAGGAAAAGGGAAGCUACAAAGCUCAUGUUCUGGUCCUUCCCUUCCCUGCCCAAGGCCACAUAACCCCAAUGCUUCAAUUUUGCAAGCGUUUGGUCUCCAGAGGUGUCAAAACCACACUAGUAAACAGCAUCUAUGUCUCCAAGUCCAUUCACGUAGACGACCUCAACAGCUCAAUCAACGUCGAGGCCAUUUCUGAUGGCUUCGAUGAGGGUGGCUGGGCGCAAGCAGAGAGCCCCGAGGCCUACCUUACCAAAUUCUGCGCUGUUGGGUCGCGGGAUUUAGCCAAUCUUGUCAAGAAACUUGAUGAUGCUGGCCGACCUGUGGAUGCACUUGUUUAUGAUGGGUUCUUGCCUUGGGCACUUGAUGUGAGUAAGGAGUUUGGACUAGUUGGAGCUGUGUUCUUCACUCAGUCGUGUGCUGUCAACAACAUAUAUUACCAUGUCCAUAAGGGACUUCUUUCACUCCCACUUUCUGAUUCAACUGUUUCAAUCCCUGGAUUGCCACCUCUUGAACCUUGGGAGACACCAUCCUUUGUAUAUAUUUAUGGGUCAUACCCAGGUUUCUAUCACAUGGUUGUGAAUCAAUUCUCUAACAUUGACAAAGCAGAUUUGGUGCUUUUCAAUAAUUUCUAUGAAUUGGAAAAAGAGACUGUGGAUUGGAUGGCGAAACUUUGGCGUGUGAAGACAAUAGGGCCAACCCUUCCAUCCAUGUAUCUGGAUAAGCGGCUGGAAGACGAUAGAGGCUAUGAUAUCAAUCUCUUCAAGCCAAAGUCUGCCAUGUGCAUGAACUGGCUAAAUGAAAAGCCGAGAGGCUCUGUUGUUUAUGUGUCGUUUGGUAGCAUGGCGGAAAUUGAUGCCGAGCAAAUGGAAGAAGUAGCUUGGGGUUUGAAGGAGAGCAUGUUUUACUUCUUGUGGGUUGUGAGGGCAUCCGAAGAAGCCAAGCUCCCGGAAAAGUUCACGGAUGAUGUAUCCGAAAGAGGUCUAAUUGUGACAUGGAGUCCACAGCUAGAGGUGUUGGCUCAUGAAUCAGUAGGGUGCUUUGUUACACACAGUGGUUUCAAUUCAGUUCUUGAAGCAAUAAGCUUGGGAGUGCCGCUGGUGACAAUGGCACAGUGGACAGACCAGGGCACAAAUGCAAAGUAUGUGGAGGAUGUUUGGGGCAUGGGAGUCCGGACUAGGCAGGAUGAGAAGGGCAUUGUGAGAAGACGAGUGUUGGAGCUGUGCAUUAGGGAAGUCAUGGAAGGGCAGAAAGGGAAAGAGAUAAAAGAGAACGCGAUCAAAUGGAAGAAUUUGGCGAAAGAGGCCGUUGAUGAAGGUGGAAGUUCUGAUAAGAACAUCGAUGAAUUUGUAGCAGAAUUAAUACGCCCCUAGUGGUAUUUAGAAACCCAAUUAAGAAUAAUAUGCUUAUGGAUUUGUCAAAAAAUGUUUGUUAAUACUAAAGUCAUGAGCAUAUAAUGUUAAUAAGAUUAGAGAUUUCUGGUUGA